UGUGAACAGUCGUUGCUAGAAGUUAGCAAUAUGGCGGACUCCUGGCUCUUCACUUGUGUACUGGUUAUAAUUUGUUUCAGCCUGCCAACCUUUUGCGAAGGUGGUAAAAACUGCGAAGCUUGUGAAGUGACUAAGUGCGAUUUUGCUAAAGGUGAUUACGGACCCCAUCUGGUACCAGAUAUUAACUGGCCUAUAGAAAUGCGAAGUGGGCAGAAAACGCUGGAUAUUACCAUCCCAGUAUCUUGGGAAACAGACGUACGAUUGAAUCCUAAGGUAGCGUACGUUUGCAUCAAGAUGAAAGAUGCUGAUAUGGUCACGGAAGAUGCCGUUAUAAAGAUAUCACGAACUCAUAAAUCGGCAAACAUCCGCAUCAGACUACACACUGAAUUGAGUGAAAGCAAAACUAUUUACAUUCAAUUUUUUGACAACGUAUAUAUUCAUGAUACCUUGAUGCAUAGGAAUAAAUGUACCUAGGUCAUAAAAACUUAAUAGAUGUAUUAGUUGUUUUCACUGUACACAUGUAAAUGACAAUGAAAUUGAUG